GAAUUCGCUGGUGCAGUGUAGGACCAGGGAGAAGAAACUGGACUGAACGAGGGCAUUGCACGGGACAUCGACUGUACUAUCAGCGGGAUUUGCAAUCGUGUUGAAGGCAGCGUCCGUGGACCAAAUUGAAGUCCGCGGGCAAUUUGUAAUCUUGGCUUCCAAAAUGAAGGAUCGACCUUCUGUGAUGGAUCUGCCGGAUUUGCCCAAAGGCGAGCUGCCGGCUCAUCUGGAAUUGCAGCGUACGCGGGUCGUGUGUGCUGCUGAUGCCCCUUCUUAUACUGAGUCGGUUCAGUAUUCGGGAGCGUACAUGGCUUUUGGGGUGGACAACAGUUUACGUUUGGAGGAUUUUAAGAAAUCUUUUAAGGUUGAAGUAAAAUAUAUCAACGAUGAUGAUAUGGAGUUUGAUAUGAUUGGAAUCGAUGCCGCGCUUGCCAAUGCUUUUCGGAGAAUCUUACUCGCAGAGGUGCCCACGAUGGCCAUAGAGAAAGUUUUUAUUGCCAACAACACAUCGGUCAUCCAAGAUGAGGUUUUGGCUCAUCGUCUUGGCAUGAUACCGAUAAAGGCAGAUCCACGUCAUUUCGAAUAUAAAGCAGAUGACGAAAAUGCCAACGAGAAGAACACUAUUGUUUUCAAACUUAAUGUGGUUUGUACUCGAAAAGGAGAUCGCGUCAACAAUGCCUCAGUGAAGUCGGAGCAGUUAAUAUGGUUGCCUGAAGGAAGUGAGAUGCCUUUCGACACGAAGACAAAGUUCACUGCUUUUGGUUGUGGUCAGGACAAACUUCCUGAAUUUGCAAGUAGUCCAAUAUGUUCCCAGUAUCCAGAUAUUACUAUUGCAAAACUUCGACCUGGUCAAGCAAUUGAACUUGAGUGUCAUGCCAUAAAAGGCAUUGGGAAGACACAUGCGAAGUGGUCGCCAGUUGCCACAGCAAGAUAUAGAAUGCAUCCAGAGAUUGUACUAACAGAAGUUCUAGAAGAUGAUCUUGCGGAGGAGCUUGUUGCUAAGUGUCCAGCGAAAGUUUUCGAUAUCGAAGACUUGGGAAAAGGGAGAAAAGGGGUAAAAGCUGCGAGACCCAGGGAUUGCACUCUUUGCCGAGAGUGCGUAAGGGGUGAAGACUGGGAGAAGCGUGUGUCUUUGCGGCGCUUGAAGGAGCACUUUAUUUUCACAAUAGAGUCUACUGGAUCUCUCCCUCCGAAUGUGCUUUUUACUGAGGCUAUCAAGAUUCUUAUAGAUAAGUGUCAACGGAUAAUUGCUGAAUUGUCCUGACAGUAAUCGAAAGAUUUGUAAAGUUCAACAUAUUCAUUCUACACAAAUUACAGGUUUUUCCGAUUAUUUCAUUCAAAAAUUUGUCACAUUUGCGAAGGAUUGUCUAUAUUCGAUGAAAUCAGAUGUCUUGUGCGUUCGGAUACUCGACACACUA